CUACAAUGAUCGCCAUGGUAGUAUGCCUUUUUUAUCAUCCGAACCUAUUCGCGCCCGGUGUCUAGUUAAAUCCAACUUGAUCUCGAACCGCUCGAUUGUCGCCAACAACAGAAUGCCAAACAUCAAGGUGUUCAGCGGCACGUCACACCCGGACUUAGCACAGCGGAUCGUUGACCGGUUGGGCAUCGACGUCGGCAAGGUGGUCACCAAGAAGUUUAGCAACCUGGAAACUUGUGUUGAAAUUGGAGAAUCAGUCAGAGGGGAAGAUGUCUAUAUCAUACAAAGUGGUAGUGGUGAAGUCAAUGAUAACUUGAUGGAACUAUUGAUCAUGAUAAAUGCUUGUAAAAUAGCAUCUGCUUCACGUGUUACUGCUGUCAUACCAUGUUUCCCAUAUGCUAGGCAAGAUAAAAAGGAUAAGAAUGGCGACAUCCCCAAGAAUGACAAUAAUAGAUCAAGGGCAACCGUCAAGUGCAAUGAAUGGAAGUUUCUGAGUAGAGCACCAAUAUCAGCUAAAUUAGUGGCCAACAUGCUGUCAGUAGCUGGUGCUGAUCAUAUAAUAACUAUGGACCUCCAUGCUUCUCAAAUACAAGGUUUCUUUGACAUCCCUGUUGAUAAUUUAUUUGCUGAACCAGCUGUACUCAAGUGGAUAAAAGAAAACAUACCUGAGUGGAGAAACAGCAUUAUAGUGUCCCCAGAUGCUGGUGGUGCUAAAAGGGUCACAUCAAUUGCUGAUCGUCUAAAUGUUGAGUUUGCUCUUAUUCAUAAAGAGAGAAAGAAAGCUAAUGAAGUGGAAUCAAUGGUUCUAGUGGGAGAUGUUAAAGAACACAUUGCCAUCUUGGUUGAUGAUAUGGCAGACACUUGCGGCACAAUAUGUCAUGCUGCAGAAAAGUUAACUGAAGCAGGUGCUGCUAAAGUGUAUGCAAUUUUAACUCAUGGUAUAUUCUCUGGACCUGCUAUAUCUCGUAUUAAUAAUGCAUGCUUUGAAGCUGUUGUAGUUACCAAUACCAUUCCACAAGAUGGCUAUAUGAAAGAAUGUCCUAAAAUUCGUUGUAUAGAUGUAUCAAUGAUGCUUGCUGAGGCUGUUCGGCGGACACACAAUGGUGAAUCAGUUUCUUAUUUAUUCUCAAAUGUGCCUUAUUGAAAUGUGUAAUCAUGUUUUUAUCAUCUUUGCAAAAUAUGGGAUAUAAAUAAA